AUGGCAGUAGAAAGUCCAUUGCUUGCCUCACCUGUCAACGUCAUGUCAGCCAUCUCCCCUUAUACAGAUUUCUCUCUAUCACCAUGUUCUCCUUCAAUUCAAAGAUCUCCAUAUUAUCGAUCGCUUCCCACACGAAACUAUCCAGGUUCCAAUCUCCAACCAACUCCUAUCGAGGACGGCCCCUCUGCCAGCGCGCAUCUACUCAGUCCAAUGAGUGACACGGUGGGACCUUCGCCAGUGACCUCGAAUGGCACUACAACCACGGAUAUUGAGGAUGAGAUGGCAGAUGAAGCAAUUACCCAUGAGGACAUACCCAGAGCCGAUUCACAAAUUACCUUGAAAAGGCUUAGCACAAACUUACCAGAUGAGUUUCGUGCUUCCCUUGAGGAUGAAUCUGUCUCGGUCAUUCACGCCCCAGAGGGCUACACAAAAUUUGUGAGGAAUAGAGCACAUGGUGAAGAAUCAAUGGCUGAUGCAUUACAGCUGUUCAAUGAUGCGACCCCAGUACAAUCAGCAAAAGCACUUUUGGAUCGCUCGACUCCAACUCCAUACCAACAGCCUACAAGCUCAAGAAGUAGCCCAAGAAGUAGCCCUCGCACCAGUCCUCAAUUCAACCAAAAGACAAGCCCAAGAACCAGUCCAGAAACGAGCCCCAAAGUCAGCCCUAAAGCAAGUCCUAGUACGAGCCCAAGAAUGAGUCCAGAUAGGCUUCAGAUUGCCGAGCAUGCGAAUAAAUCUAUCGAGCCUGGUCCGGUUUCCCCUCCGCCGAUUUCUACAGAUAUAAGACCAAUCAGAUUCGGUUUAGAGAAUCAAACGCCCCGAGCGCAAACUCGCCAAGAGGUCGAAUUGUUUUCGGAAGAAAGACGACCAUCUCGGCCAAGCAGUCUUGAAGGUAUAGUCGAAGAAGAAGCUAUGAAGAUGUUUUACUCACUAGACAUAGGAAUCCCAGAAGAACUAUCCAAGGAUUAUUCGGAAGACGAUUUCGAUGCUAACACAGUUCACAAUGCGGACGAGGAAAUAUUGGCUUUGAAGACAGCACUCAAUGAAUGUUGGACUCUUUGCAAUACACUCGCUAGUCUUAGCUCCAUUCAUCGGGAGAGGAUAUUUAGCUUUUCUGGAUCGGGCGAUGCUCAUGAAAAAGCCUGGAAAUGUUGUUGGAAACUGUGCAAAAAAUUAUACGACAGUCGUGAUGAAGAUCAUGAAUAUCAUGUUAGACCUACGCUCGAUCUAUGUAGAGACUUCUGUCAAUCUCUAUUUGAUGUUCGCCAAAAGAAAGAUGAGGUAGCCGAUUCAGUAUUGAGGGUGAGCUUCGAACUAAACAACCACUUAUACAACACACACGAUCGCAAUUUACCUGAAGCUUUCCGAGAAAGAACUCUGGAUUUCUACAUAACCCUGUGUCAUCGUCUCAUGAAACAAAGAAGUGAACUUGCCGAAGAGACAGAUGCUCUGCUUAGAGCUUGUUGGGGCUUGGCUGAAAUGCUUUUUAGCCUUCGACAAAACAAAAGAGAAGGAAAAACGGCAGAUGAAGAGCUUCUUGGAUCUGCUGUUCAAGCUUGCUGGGAAUUAUGUGACCUUUUCCGAGAAGGUUGGACACAAGUCCGUCCUGAUCGGGGUACACCUCGUCCAUCCCAAACGACUUUCAGAGCAUCAUCCGAUCAAAUGUCUCGUUCUUCACAUACAAAGUCUAGUAGUCUAGCUUCGCUAUCAGAAAGCCUUGAAGAGCAUACACCUACAAGAUAUGUCAUCCUACCUGAAACCCCAACAACCGACUUUGAAGACACCCCUAUCACACCCGAGGAGGUCUCGCCGAACAUUCCAAACAUAAUGGUUCUAGUACUGAGUGAUCCUACUUUCAGAAAUCCAAGUUCGCUACCUCCUCCAGGGAAGAAGGUCUCGGCACCUGAUGUUGCUAAGAGUGUUAGCUGGAUGAUGAGAUCUGGGCAAUACACAUUCUUGAAAGAUUUGUUCAGAAUGGUGUUUGGCUUCCGUGUUGAUGAAGCUGAUUCUCGAAAGAAUGUCAGUAUCUCAGUAUGA